CAUCCGGAGCCCCGGAAGUGCUGUGACGUUCCGCGACUGGAUCAUGAUGACCUUGAGGCUUUUCUCAGCAAGAUCGCAGACCAUGUUUGAGGCCAUGGGGCGAUGGGCUCCAUCCCCAACGGCUGGCCUCAAGCCUGGCCAGCUCCUCUCACAGCAGGCCUCUCCCAGGCUGCUCACUGUCGGCUGUGUGGACCGUGCCAAGCAUCAGGAGCCCCCCAGAAAGAAGCCGCUCUCCGAGAAAAAAAUGAAAAGGCAUUUUGUGGACCAUCGGAGAGUGCUCGUCCGUGGCGGAAGUGGAGGUGCUGGGGCAAGCUGCUUCCACAGUGAGCCUCGCAAGGAGUUUGGAGGCCCCGAUGGUGGGGAUGGAGGCAAUGGCGGCCAUGUCAUCCUGAGAGUUGACCAGCAAGUCAAGUCCCUGUCGUCAGUCCUGUCCCAGUAUCAGGGUUUCGAUGGAGAAGAUGGUGGUAGGAAGAACUGCUUCGGGCGAGGUGGCUCUGUCCUCUACAUCCGGGUCCCUGUGGGUACGCUAGUGAAGGAGGGAGAUGAAAUUGUGGCUGACCUGUCUCGCCCAGGUGAUGAGUACAUUGCCGCACUAGGUGGGGCAGGAGGAAAAGGCAACCGCUUUUUCCUGGCCAAUGACAACCGUGCCCCUGUGACUUGUACCCCUGGACAGCCGGGUCAGGAGCGGAUUCUCUACCUAGAGCUGAAGACGGUGGCACAUGCUGGGAUGGUUGGAUUCCCCAAUGCUGGGAAGUCCUCACUCCUCCGAGCCAUCUCGAAUGCAAAACCUGCUGUGGCUUCCUACCCAUUUACUACCUUAAAUCCUCACAUCGGGAUUGUUCACUAUGAAGGCCAUCAGCAAGUAGCAGUGGCCGACAUCCCUGGCAUCAUCCGGGGCGCCCACCAGAGCAGGGGCUUGGGUCUCACCUUCCUCAAGCACAUUGAGCGCUGCCGCUUUCUCUUGUAUGUGGUGGAUCUUUCCCUGCCAGAGCCGUGGACUCAGGUAGAGGAUUUGAAAUAUGAGCUCAAGAAAUAUGAAGAUGGCUUGUCAGAGAGGCCCCACGCAGUCGUCGCGAAUAAGAUCGAUCUUCCGCAGGCUAGAGCCAAUCUGCCUGAGCUGCGGGCCCGCCUGGGACAGGAGGUCAUCGCCCUGUCGGCAGCAACCGGGGAGAACCUGGAGCAGCUGCUGCUGCACCUGAAGGUGCUUCAUGAUGCCUACGUGGAGGUCGAGCUGGGGCAGGGCUGCCAACCACUCAGGUGGUAGCCGUGGGCAGUGUCCUCCAGGAACAAGAGGCUGGUGUGGGGCACAGACAACUGCACGAGCAAACCCAAUAUGAAACAUUGGUGGCCUUGAAUGUAUGGAGAAACUGUCUCGUAAA